AUUAGAUGAAUUUCUGGUGAUAUGGGUUGCAUAAUGUUUUAUGGGAUUUUUGAAUCAUUUUUUAUAAAGAUUUUUUGAAUUGCACGGUUUUGAAUUGGUGUAUUUGGUGUAUUUUUUUAUUUAUAUAUAUAUAUAUUAUAGGAUUUUCAGUUGUCAGUAAAGAGAAUAUUUGACGGGACAAUAAUUCGGGAUGUCGGCCGUUCGCAGAGAAGGAUCAGGAACAGCUGUUCGUCCUGUUCAUCGGAAAACGUCGAUGUGAGGCGUGGAUCGCUACCGAGGGCGCCAGUCAGUACGCCAAUGAUCAGCGGCGGCCCGAGCGUCUCGCAUUCGCCAGUCGCCAGUCGCCAGUUGCCCGACGGCAGGAACGUACCGGUGCGGACGAGCGACGGAACAACAACACCACACACACACACACAUACACACACACAGUCCCACUUGUCCAGACGACAGGAGCGAAAACGGAACUAGAUCGUGUGUGCGUUAUGUAACUCGCCCCGUAACGAUGACCGGUGCAUGAGUGGUCGGGUGUCGGGUUUGGGGGUGCGGGACCGUGAUGUACGUCGUUUAGAUCGCGCGCGGCUCAGCACAGUGCAGUGGCUAUAGACCAGGCAAAAUGGCGGACUUGGAGGCCGUGCUGGCCGAUGUCAGCUACCUCAUGGCUAUGGAGAAGAGCAAGUGCACACCGGCGGCGAGGGCGAGCAAGAAGAUCGUGCUGCCCGAUCCUAGUGUGAGGAGUGUGAUGCACAAGUAUUUGGAGAAGAAGAACGAAGUGAAUUUUGACAAGAUCUUUCAUCAAACAUUAGGAUAUUUACUGUUUAAGGAUUUUUGCGAAAACCUCUCGGAGGAAGACGUUCCGCAGCUCCGAUUCUACGAAGAGAUAAAAACGUACGAGAAGCUGGAAACUCCAGAAGAGAGGGAGAAGCAAGCGAAGGACAUUUACGACAACUUCAUCAUGAAGGAACUUUUGUCAAGAUCACACGAUUAUUCAAUGUCUUGUCUUCAACAUGUUCAGCAACAUCUAAUUAGAAAUGAAUUUCCAGUUACUUUAUUUGAACCUUACAUAGAAGAAAUCUAUAAUCAUUUAAGGGAUGAACCCUUCAAAAAAUUUUUAGAAAGUGAUAAAUAUACUAGAUUUUGUCAAUGGAAAAAUUUAGAAUUAAACAUUCAGUUGACAAUGAACGACUUCAGCGUGCACCGGAUAAUCGGCCGCGGAGGUUUUGGCGAGGUGUACGGCUGCCGGAAAGCGGACACGGGCAAGAUGUACGCAAUGAAGUGUCUGGACAAGAAGCGCAUCAAGAUGAAGCAGGGCGAAACGUUGGCACUAAACGAACGGAUCAUGCUAUCGUUGGUCAGCACCGGCCAGGAUUGUCCGUUCAUCGUUUGCAUGACGUACGCGUUUCACACGCCCGAUAAACUCUGCUUCAUACUCGACUUGAUGAACGGCGGCGAUCUGCACUACCAUCUCAGUCAGCACGGCGUCUUCAACGAGUCGGAGAUGAAGUUCUAUGCUGCUGAAGUGAUAUUAGGUUUGGAACAUAUGCAUAGGAGGUAUAUUGUAUAUAGAGAUUUAAAACCUGCAAAUAUUCUACUAGACGAACACGGACAUGUUCGGAUAUCCGAUUUAGGGUUAGCCUGUGAUUUUUCUAAGAAAAAACCCCAUGCUAGUGUAGGAACCCACGGUUAUAUGGCACCAGAAGUAUUAUCAAAGGGCACGGCGUACGACUCGAGUGCUGACUGGUUCAGUUUCGGUUGCAUGUUGUACAAACUGCUGAAAGGUCACUCGCCUUUUCGCCAACAUAAAACCAAAGACAAACAUGAAAUAGAUAGGAUGACGUUAACAAUGGCAAGUCACCGUUUUUGUCUCGCAAACACACGGUUGCUAAACAGUGUUUUCCUGUUACAGAACGUUGAGUUGCCGGACUCGUUUAGCAAAGAGUUGAAAUCGUUGCUGGAGGGUCUGUUACAGAGAGACAUAGAAAAAAGACUCGGUUGCAAAGGCAACGGGGCCGACGAAGUCAAGGACCAUCCUUUCUUUGCCGGCAUAGAUUGGCAACAGGUGUAUCUGCAAAAGUACACACCACCACUGAUUCCGCCUCGAGGGGAAGUAAAUGCUGCAGAUGCCUUCGACAUCGGAUCCUUCGACGAAGAAGACACCAAAGGAAUAAAGCUAACUGAUUCGGAUCAGGAAUUGUACAAGAAUUUCCCGCUGGUAAUUUCGGAGAGGUGGCAGAACGAAGUUGCCGAAACCGUCUUUGAAACGAUAAACUUCGAAGCGGACAAAACUGAGCAUAAGAAAAAGGCGAAACAGAAAAAAUUAUAUGAUUUGGACGAAAAAGAAUCCGAUUGUAUAUUACAUGGUUACAUCAAAAAGUUGGGCGGUCCGUGGUCGUCGAGUUGGCAGAUGCGUUACGCUAAACUGUACCCAAACCGACUUGAAUUGCAUCCGGAUUCUGCGAAACCGGAAAUGGUGUUUAUGGAUCAGGUCGAAGAAGUCAGUCCGGAACUGGUUCAGGUCAAGAACGAGAACUGCAUCGUCGUACGGAUGCGCGACGGUAAAAUAGUCCUCACGAAUCCCGAUGAAAUAGGCCUAAAGGAGUGGUUGCAGUCGCUCAAAUCGGCGCACAAACUGUCGCAGGAGCUACUGGGGUCGAUGGCGAAGAAGGCGGGCAAGAUCUAUGGCACCGAUUCGAACAACAAAAAUGCGAUAAUCGCCCCGCACCGCAACACAAACGGCAACUAAGAAUGGAGGCGGUUUAUCCACUAUCCACGCGACUGUCUUUCGCGUAGGAUAAACUAAGUGAUUUAAACAGGCUAUAAGAAAUAUGAAAACAAUUUUUUAGCGAGGAUCUCUAGGAAACAACAUGAAAAUUUUUAUGAAUAAUAAUGAAUGUCUAGGCACUAUUUUGUAUUUAUUGUUCCCUAUUUUUGUUAUACCAUCGAAAGAGGAUAACCAAUUUUUUUACCACAGAAUUCUAAUCGUAGACGUGACGAUUUGUAUUAACAUGACAAUUAUGUAAAUGUAUUGUAUUAUUAUUAUUAUUAUUAUUAUUAUUAUUAUUAUUAUUAUUAUUAUUAUUAUUAUUAUUAUUAUUUAUAUUAUUUAUAUUUAGAUUUUUGCUUUAUUACAGGUACUUGUAUCGGUAGACUACGUAUGAAAUAUCUUUGUUUAUUGACUGUUCUGUGAAUGGCACAUGUUGUAGAUCAUUUUCAAUCAACAAAUUAAUCACUUUUUCAACAAGGUCUACACAGGAAUAAUCCUUUUUGAUAAUUUUAUUUUCUACAGUCUCCCAAAACGAUACAGUAUUAGUGAUAUUAAUACUACUAUAUAAUUUCAACAUUAUUUUAUUUAUAUUUAUUUAAUAAUAUAGACAUACAUAACAUAUACAGAGUAAUUUUGUUCCUGUUUAGACACUCCCCAAUUAUAAUUUAUGAGCUGUGAACAGUCGGAUUUAAACUCGAAAAUGUAUAUUUUUUAUAUGAGAAUAAUUUUAUAUCUAACUUAAGUCGUACAUAAAAACAUUGGCACAUAGGCACAUGUAUAGUUAAUUAGAAACUACAUUCCAUGCAAUUUUGCAUUUGUUCAUUUACGUACAAGUCGUUUCUAGUCAAAUAAACCGGGUCGAACGGUGACAAUAAAUCGAAGGACGUGAACAAAUUAUUUGAUUGCUCAUACUUGCAACUUCCCAGAUUUAAUCCUAGAAACCAAUCGAUCACAGUUCGACCACCACUAGAUUCACAGAACAGUUAACAUUUUAUUUAAAUAAUUAUAAUAUUGUCAAAUUGAUCCUACGAAAAUCGUCAAUUGAUUUUCCCUGGAUGCAUUGUAUAUUCCUGAACAAAGAAGUUCUCACUGGUACCAACACCAAGCUAAAUAAUGGAAGUCAAUAGAUUAGCUUGUCUAUGCCAGCAAAUUUGUAAGUACUUGACUGAAAAACCGGAUGUAUAGGAACAAAUGUAAACUGGGAUAGUCAGAAAUAGUAAAAACAUAAUAACAUAAUAUAAACGUAGAAAACUAUAUUAUAACACUGCCAAGAAAUAAUUUUUGUUUAAACUUGUGGGGCCUUUUUAGUGAAAGAACCCGUUCAAAAAGUUUGCGGUGACGUGUUUCUACUCUUUGUUAAUCAAAAAUCAAAAAAAAUUUGGCUUUCUUUCGUCACGAUCUUCUUCCAAUUUGCCCUGACUGUAUGUCUAGUUUUAAAGUCAAGUCAUCUAUGUAAAUAAUAAGCUUUGUAUUUUCCUUUGGUUUCUAAUACCAACCUAUACCCGCAUAAUAUCUGGAACGCGCGAGUUUAUAAUUUAUGUAAUAUAUUUAUUAUGAGCUAGUUAUUAUUUGAAAAGGUUAAGCGCGCCUUGGAUGUUAUGCGAAUACGUUCUGCUGCAGAAGUAAUAAUAAUAAAUAUCCCAUGUAUUUAGAAAUUCUAAAUAAUUUGUACAUUUUUGUAUAUAAUUACCAAUUAAAAAAGAAAUGUUCGUCAAAAGAUGCAUGUUUUCAAAAGGAACUAUCCAACUCACCAUUUUUCUCUCUAUUUCCCACGUAUUUAAUGCCUAUUUUAGUUUUGUCGUCAUUUACUUAUAAUCACUAGUACAUUAUAUAAAAAUAUCUUGUUACUGAAAAACUGAGGGUGUAGAAAUUUUAGAUUCCUUUAGGGUAUAUUUAUCUGUCUGUGAAUGAUAUUAAUAUAACAGAGAUAAGAGUAUGUUAAAAUCAUUGGGAAAAAUAAGUUAUACUUAUACUACAAAUAUUAUAAUAAAAUAUCACCGCACAAUAUUUAUAUAACUUUUUGUAUUGUUUACUUAUUUUUCCUUCAAAUAGUAAAAUUUCUUAACCCCAACUUGUGAUAUCAAAAUCAGUACAUAUUAAAUCGCAUUAACAAAUUACUGUUUGAUAUAUCACGGUUGUAAAAUUACCCUUUUUCAUUCAAAUAUGCAUGGACAAUCUUUAUUUCUUAUACCUUCACUUCAAUCAAUUUAGACAGAUUAUAUCGCAAAAUUGUGUAUCAAAAAUUGUAGGCCUUUAUUAGGUUAUUACUGCAAGAUGUACAAAAUAUAGCCAAUAUUGUAUAACUUGGUUAUAUUUCUAAACCUUGUAUAAACGUUAGUCAUGUUUAGAACAGAAACUUUAUACUAUAUUAAUGUUGUUGUUUAAAGAAAAUAUUUAAUAUUUAAUUGUAGCAGAUCUUAAAACAGUUUUAGUAUUUACUUAAGGGAUUCGUUGGUUGUACACAUUUAAUAAUUUGUUCUUAAAAUGAUUAACGUGAAAAAUAAGUGUUUUGCAUCUGAAAAACGACCAAAAGUGCAAUAUUAAUAUAAAUAUUCACAAUAUAUUCAAUAAUUAGUUUAAAACAUUUAAAAUAGGUACCAGUUAAAAUUUAAAUUAAUAUUAAUAUCAGAUCAGAUGUCGGACUAAUUUUUGCCACUUUAUUAAAAUUCGUAAAGUUUUAAUAAGGUCACGUUUCAUGUUAAAAUAAUGUACAUUUUUGUAAAGAGUGUGAAAUUUAAAUGUUUGUGCCAUUGUCUUAAGUGGAUGAUUUUUUAUAUCUGAUAUUUGAACUGAAGAAAAUUCUUUAAAUGAUAUUUUACACUCCACCAUGCCAAUUUGGACAAAAGUGAAAAUCUAUUGCAAAAAGUAAAUUAAAAUUAAAAUGCUUUUGAAUAGAUUUUCGAUUUCGUCCUCGGAUGAUGUCUGAGUGUUUUUCUUAAAUUUUCAUAAUUCCAAAAUAAAAUGAACAAUCACUAGUUUCGAUGUAUAGAUUCGCAAAUAGUUUAUAUGUUUUUUGUUACUGUUAUAUAUAAUUUGAUUUUUUAUAUAACAAAUUCUUUAAGAUAGAAGAAUCAUUACUAUACAUGUAUAUGAAAGGACAAAAGCUUUGAGUAUGGGUUAUAAAUUAAGAACAAGAAAAAAUCAAAGUAUAUAAUAAGUAAACGAAUUUAAAGAUCUUAGAGCAUAGAUUUCGGCCAAAAUUACUUAAAAAUUGAUGUCUUUAAAUUCCACAUUAUUAUUUUUUAUACGAGUAUAAACUAUUCAAUCAGUAUUGUAAAGGAAUUGGUUGGUUUAAGCAAAAUUUUUAAUAAAAUAGUGCAUAAUAUAUUUGCAAAUAUCUAAAAAAUAAAAAAAGAUCCGCUGUUAAUACAGGUAAUCCUAAAAAUUAUUAUAUGAUACAGAAUAAAUAAAGAACCCCGUAGGGAUUUUAGAAAAUUUGAUGUAAUACAAUACAACCUUCAUUCUGUUGAUCAAGUUUAAACUUUAACAAUAUCAUUACAUUUAUAAAUUUUCUAUUAGAGAAACUGUUAGUCCAAAAAGUCAGCGUGCAAAUAUUGUCUUAAUAUUGAAGUAGUAUAGAUUAUUAAAGUAUGUAAUUCCGAUUACUAUUUUAGAAUAGAGGUGUUAAUGUUAGUUGUGAAGAGCCAAUUUCUGCUGUAUUUAGAGCCCUGAAUACAGCAAAAGAAGCACUUCGUAUAAUUAUAAGCUUCGAUGUUGUAUUUUAAUAAUUAAUAAAGCGCUGAAUUUUUUUGGUACUUUUGAGUGAUAAUCAAUGAAAGGUCCAUUUAAGAAUGUAUAAAUAAUUACAUUUUUAACCGAACAAAGUGAUACAAAACAAGUGUUGAAUUUAAAAUAUUGACAUCAUUAUAAAAGAGUUGUCUAAACCGACCAAUUUUCUUUUGAGCUUUGCUUUUUUAAUUUCUGUUUUGGAAUACGCGCGUGAAUGAAAUAUAAAUGGUAUUCUAAAAACUGUUGAGACUCAAACUGAACUUCAGAAAAAUAAUAGACUUUAUUUUUUGAUCGGGUAUUAUUUUAUUCGCAAUUAUAAACAUAUAUGUAUAGUGAUUAUUUAAAGAGAAGAAUACAUAGAAAUCUAUUACCUCUUUAAGUUUAGUUUAAGUUGUUAGAUGUCAGUGUUGUACAUAAUGCAUUAAAGUCAUGUUUAUAGACUCAUA